AUGGCUUCAUGGGAGGAGCAUGCUAGGAAUUUUUUAUUGGAAGAGGAAGAAGAUGAUGAGGAGCUAUUCUUUGUUCUUCUCCCUGCUGUAAUGCCUUUUCUAGAUGAAGGAAAAAUACCUGAGCACACCUCUUCUCUUCCUGGUGCUAAAAAGGUUAAAGAGAUUCUCGAAGGGCACGAGAAUUGGUGCAAGCAAGAAUUUAGGAUGGAGGCUGACAUAUUUAGAUCUGUAGCCAACUUUCUUAGGGCAGAGAACUUGCUCCGUGAUACACGUGGUAUGAUUGAGGAGCAGCUUGGCCUGUUUAUGUACAUGCUCUCUCAUAAUGCAAGUACAGAUUCGCUAAAGAAGGUGUUUCAACAUAGCGGUGAGACAGUGCAUAGGAAAAUAAAUGAGUUCUUCGAUAUCAUUCCACUAUUAAUCCAAAAAUUCAUCAAACUCCCGAAUCCAAGCGGUACACACGUGAAGAUUACAUGCGACUCUAGAUUUAUGCCGUUCUUUCUGGUUCGUUCAUACUUACACUACACUUUCCUUAUACCUUUCCUAACCACAAUCCAAAUCUUCACUAGUUUUUCUUACCUGCAGAACUGCAUUGGUGCUAUUGAUGGUACGCAUGUCCCUAUUACAAUUUCACAAGACAAGGCUAGUCCCUAUAGAAAUAGGAAAGGGACACUAUCACAGAAUGUGAUGUUUGCUUGUGACUUCUACUUGAAGUUCACUUUCAUCUUAGCUGGAUGGGAAGGAUCCGCACCUGAUGCAGGAGUGUUGCGGUCUGCUCUUGGCAAGGGUUUUACUGUGCCGGAUGGGAAAUUCUAUCUUGUAGACGGUGGAUAUGCAAACACACCAUCAUUCCUUGCCCCCUACCGAGGAGUCAAGUAUAAUCUCAGUGAGUUCAGGAGACGUGGCCGAUAUGCUAACUACAAGGAAUUGUUCAAUCAUCGGCAUGCAAUUCUUUGGAAUCACAUUGAGAGGGCCUUUGGGGUUCUCAAAAAGUGGUUUCCAAUUCUGAAAGUGGGCACACAUUACCCAAUUGAAUGUCAAGUGAAGAUUGCAGCAGCUGCUGCUGUGUUUCACAACAUCAUUAGAGGGUACAAUGGGAGUGAAGAUUGGCUAGACUACCUACCUGAUAAUAUCAACCCAGCAGAUUAUGUCGACUUGCCAGACGGAGACACUAACUACCCAAGUGAGACGGAAUCAAAUGAUGGAAAUGACCUACGAGACCAAAUAGCCCAUUAG